AUGCGGCGCAACACGUUCCCGCCGCGGCCUCGGCCUGACGACAGCCGCCUGCGUGCGCCGCCCGAACCGCCCAAGCGCAAGAUAUUCAACUGUAUCGUCGACGACACGGCGCUGAUCGCAGGCGCCAAGAAGAGCACCCGCGACGGCAUCCGCAAAUGGAUAACCCAGGACGCCAUACCCCUCGCCCAGCUCAACCACCUCAAGACUGGACAAGAACGCUACAAUGCCGACGCCCGCGAUGCCCUCAAAUGGCUCGACGACGUUACCUCAUCACCAACCAUCGGCGACCGGAUCGUGCUCGAGGGUGUUGAAGAAGCAUACAACACAUGGGCCGAAGUGGAGCAAUUCAUGCUGCCAGAAACUCUCCUUUCCAUGGAGUCUAGCGCCUCAGAAGACGAGGACGACGAGGACGAGUACCGCGAGGAUCUGGAGAGCUCUUUCAAUGCGCUCGAUGUUUCCGACGGCACCUCUAUGAGCAGUCUCGACCAGUCCCCGAAGUCUAUACGCACCACGGAGACAGAUUUCUUUGCUCCGGCCAGCGGACUUACUGAUGAGAAGGCCCAGGUCAACAACGAGGUGACACCUGUUGUCGACUCGCCCACCCGCACUGCGCGCAACAGCACCGAGCUCCCACGCGGUCAGAAAUCGCCUAAGAAUGGCUUCCCGCACAGCCUCCGUCCACUUUUCAACCACAUCUUAUGGCGCAUCCACCAAGAGAGCAAUCCCGAUGCUGCUCUUGACAACUUCAUCCUCCUCACGAACGACCCGGCCAAACAGACUAUAGCUCAGAAGUUCGGCAUUCGAGCCAAGCGCUUGGAACAACUUCGUGACGCUGUCAUGCGCGAGGACCGAGAGUUCAAGAAUCAUUUGACCGUCUAUAAGAAGGAAACCGAAGAGCAUGCGAUGAAGAAGGAAUCGGAACUGGAGCCUAAAUCAGUCCAGCGUCCCAAGUCCAGUCACUCUACGGUGAGCAAGCCGGGCAUUGACUCGGACGAGGAGGAUUGUGUGCUCAUUAAGAAUGCGCCUCGCGGUCCCGCUAAUGGCACCGCCAGCCAGCGCGUGUUCGACCCGAAUGAUUUCGGACGUACGACCCAGCAACAUUCUCCUCGCGGUGGUCGCGGUAAUCUUGCGCCUCGUGGUCGUGGUGGAGCUAUCCGUGGUGGCCGAGGAGCGUUUGCCGGUCGGGGCCGUGGUGGAGCUUAUGUCCCACCGGCACCCGUGUUCCAAUCACAACCAGCCCCUCGUCACGAUCCCAACAGGCCGAUUGAUCCUGACUCGUUUACGCGUCCUGUAACACGUGGUAUUCCCGUUCGCGGCGGCCGCAGGACGCUAUGGGAACCGAACUGA